GCACUGCGUGAGAGAGAAGCGGGUGGCAACAGCAUCCGUAGAGUAUCACCCGGUGCCCGUACUGUCUGGCGACCUAGUGACACGUCGAGCAUUAGAACGAACAGAACAGAGAGACUGAGUCACCGAGCUCCGGUGCCAACAGACUUAUGGACGGACGCAUCACGGAUAAGAACCCACGCCGCUGUCAUUGCCGUUAGAGCUUUACAUGUAGAAUUGUGGACAUCCCCGCUUGUUUUUCUCACCGCUUGGGGAGGUACAUCGAGUCGAGGACCGCGCGCUUUCACCCCAGCAUCCUCCGUUGCCGUUGAACCGCUGGAAACAUGACGACCAACGCGCAGCUCGCCCCUUCCCGUCACUGAGGGAUGUUUUAGUACUAUGGAUACUUCUUCCUUCUUUUCUGAACAUGAAAAUAAAAGCGUCACAAAUGGAGGAAGAGACCGACAACCGCAAAAUCAACAACGGCUUUCUCCGGGACCACAACUAUGCAACAGAAGCGGACAUCAUCUCCACAGUGGAGUUCAACCCUACAGGAGAGCUGCUGGCCACAGGGGACAAGGGAGGCAGGGUGGUGGUGUUCCAGAGAGAGCAAGAGAGUAAGAGCCAGCCCCACAGGAGAGGAGAGUAUAAUGUCUACUGCACCUUCCAGAGCCACGAGCCAGAGUUUGACUACCUGAAGAGUCUGGAGAUUGAGGAGAAGAUCAACAAGAUACGAUGGCUUUCUCAACAGAACCACGCCUACUACCUCCUCUCCACCAAUGAUAAGACAGUCAAGCUGUGGAAGAUCAGCGAGAGAGACAAGAGAUCAGAGGGAUACAACCUGAAAGAUGAGGACGGACGCAUACGAGACCCCAGCACCAUCACUUCCCUCAGGGUGCCUGUGCUGCUAUCCAUGGACCUGAUGGUUGAGGCCACACCCAGACGGGUGUUCAGUAACGGACACACCUACCACAUCAACUCCAUCUCCGUCAACUCCGACCUCCAGACCUACAUGUCUGCUGACGACCUCAGAGUCAACCUGUGGGACCUGGAGAUCACAAACCGUUGCUUCAACAUCGUGGACAUCAAGCCGUCCAACAUGGAGGAGCUGACGGAGGUGAUCACCUCAGCAGAGUUCCACCCCCAGCACUGCCACACCCUGGCCUACAGCAGCAGCAAAGGCUCCAUCCGCCUGUGCGACAUGAGGGCUGCCGCACUCUGCGACCAGCACUGCAAACUCUUUGAGGAGCCAGAGGAGCCCAGUAAUCGCUCCUUCUUCUCUGAGAUCAUCUCCUCGGUCUCCGACGUCAAGUUCAGCCACAGCGGACGCUACCUGAUGACAAGAGACUACCUCACCAUCAAAGUGUGGGACCUCAACAUGGAGAACAAACCUUUGGAAACGUACCAGGUGCAUGACUACCUGAGAAGUAAGCUGUGCUCGCUGUACGAGAACGACUGCAUCUUUGACAAAUUUGAAUGUGUGUGGAACGGUUCUGACAGUGUGAUCAUGACGGGCUCCUACAACAACUUCUUCCGGAUGUUCGACCGGGGCACCAGGCGGGACGUGACCCUGGAGGCGUCCCGGGAGAGCAGCAAGCCCCGCGCCGUGCUCAAGCCCCGCCGCGUGUGUGUGGGCGGGAAGCGUCGCAAGGACGAGAUCAGCGUGGACAGCCUGGACUUCAACAAGAAGAUCCUGCACACCGCCUGGCACCCCACGGAGAACAUCAUCGCCGUGGCUGCCACCAACAACCUCUACAUAUUCCAGGACAAGGUCAACUAGGCCCCCCCCCCCCUCCCCCUCGGCUUGGCGAUGAGGUUAUCGCUUGACUGGAAGGUGGGGGCGAGACUUCUUCUUUGCAAGCCCUCCUGGAUGGGUUGUUGCCAAGAGACACGGAUUGAUUGACAGCUUCCCAGACCCUCCUUCGCCCUCCAGAAGUGGGGCCGGGCUGAUGACAUUUACCCAAGAUGCACUGCAGCCAGGAGUCUGGCAUGAUUAACUCUGACCCCUAUUGUAUAUUUAUUUUUCCCUUUUCAAUUCCCUGGUGUUGGUAGCUGGACUGACUAGAGGACAAACAGGCAGAGAGAACGGGCAGCUUCCAGAAGGUUCUGUCUCCUUAAGAGGAUUGAGACAAUAAUGGCCUGAUCUGAAACCCCCCAGCCCCUCCUACACUCAUGGAGUCCUGAGACAGCUGCUGGUGUAAGCUACCCAGUAUCAAACCCUGCUAGGCUUGACUGGCUGAAAAUGCCUCACAAGCCAAAUGACUCGUGUAUUUGGGCUGAGCUGGGACACCGACUCUAACCCUGAUGUGUUCUGGAUGCUGUUGGGUUGAAGUGGGUUUCACGCCUCCUCUUCCAUCCUUUCCUUUGCCUCUUUAUUUCAUCCUUUCAUUCGCUCAACGACAUAUCUGAUGACUUUGUUCCGUAAGAGAAACCAUGUGACCUGAUUGUAGCAAUGCUCGACUUUUUGCUCAUUAUUUUGUUUUCUAAAGAAAUGUAUAAUAAAAACAACCUGACUAAC